UUUCAAAGGGGCAUGACAGCAAUCUUUGGGAAUCUAGUGGAGGAUGCUAUAGAAGUCUUCAUGGAUGACUUCUCUGUCUAUGGAGAUUCAUUUAAUCAUUGUCUAUCAAAUCUGGAGAAGGUCCUUAUUCGAUGCGAGGAGACACAUCUUGCAUUAAACUGGGAGAAGUGCCACUUCAUGGUGCUAGAGGGAACAGUUCUUGGCCACAAGAUCUCAAACAAAGGCAUUGAAGUUGAUCGUGCAAAGAUUGAGACAAUUGCGGCUCUUCCACCACCAUCUUCUGUAAAAGCAAUACGUAGUUUCCUGGGCCAUGCGGGAUUCUACAUACGCUUCAUCAAAGAUUUCUCCAAGAUCAGUCAGCCUUUGACCAAGCUUCUGGAGAAGGAUGCAGUUUUCUCAUUUGAUGAGAAAUGUCUUCUGGCAUUUGAGUUCUUGAAGCAAAAACUCACCAACUUUCCCAUCCUUAUGGCUCCAGAUUGGAACCUACCAUUUGAGCUCAUGUGUGAUGCUAGUGAUUAUGCAGUUGGCACUGUGUUGGGACAAAGAAAAGAGGUUCCAUCCAAUUUACUAUGCCAGUAGAACUUUGUAUGAUGCUAAAAGGAACUACAUCACCACAGAGAAGGAGAUGUUGGCCAUUGUUUUCGCCUUCGACAAAUUUUGUUCAUAUUUGGUGCUAUCUCAUGCAGUGGUCUUCACAGAUCAUCAGGCACUUUGAUACCUUCUAUCAAAGGCAGAUACUAAGCCGAGACUAAUUCGAUGGAUCUUACUACUCCAAGAAUUUGACAUAGAGAUCAAAGACAAGAAAGGAGUCACAAAUGUAGCUGGUGAUAAUCUAUUUGGAUUAGAGGGUGCUAAGUUUGCUAUUUCUGAUCCAGUCGAAAUCAAUGAGUCAUUUCUGGAUGAACAACUCCUCAAAGUCAUCAUCAAAGAAGCUGAAGGACCAUGGUUUGCAGACAUGCCCAAUUAUCUAGCUGUGGGACGAAUUCCCCAACACCUAUCAUAUCAAGCAAAGAAAAAGUUCUUUGCUGACUUAAAGCAUUACUUUUGGGGUGAUCCAUUCUUAUUCAGGAUAGGCUCUGAUGGGAUAAUCCGUCUAUGUGUUCCUAUCACCGAGGCACAUAAUAUCAUCCAUCAUUGCCAUUCUGGCCCGGCAGGAGGCCACCACAGUGGAAAUCUUACAACAAGAAAAGUAUUGGAAUCAGGAUUCUACUGGCCCACUAUUUUUCGAGAUUGCGACCACUUUGCUAGAAGUUGUGAUGAUUGUCAACGAAUUGGCAACAUAUCUCGCCGGGAUGAAAUGCAACAACAUAUUUUUCAACCCCUCAAGAUCUUUGAUGUCUAGGGCAUUGAUUUCAUGGGACCCUUCCCAUCAUCUUCGGGCAACAAAUACCUCCUGGUGGUCGUUACUAUGUGUCAAAAUGGGCAGAAGCACAAGCCCUUCCCACUAAUGAUGCCAGAAAAGUGGGGGAAGUUUCUCCAACAACUAUUCACCCGAUUUGGAGUACCUCGAGCAAUAAUCAGUGGUUGUGGAACUCAUUUCCAAGGUCAAUUUGACAAGGUGUGUGCUCGAUUUGGGGUGACACAUUGGCUAUCCACAUCCUAUCAUCCACAAACAAGCGGUCAAGUAGAGCUGACAAAUCGGGAGCUCAAGCAAAUACUCCAGAAAACAGUUGAUCAAUCUCGCAAGGAUUGGUCAAUUAAGCUUAAUGACGCAUUAUAGGCAUAUCGCACAGCUUUCAAAAAUCCAAUAGGCACCUCGUCUUAUCGGAUGGUGUAUGGUAAAGCUUGCCACCUACCAGUGGAAUUGGAGCAUAAAGCAUUCUAGGCUAUCAAAUCUCUAAACUUGGAUCUAGGAGUAGCAGGUGAAGAAAGGAUGACCCAGAUGCAUGAAAUGGAGGAGUUUCGCUUUCAUGCCUAUGAAAGUACACACCUUUACAAAGAACGCACCAAAUGAAUCCAUGACGCAAGAUUGAAAAGAAAGGAUUUCAAGUCUGGAGAUAAAGUGCUUCUGUUCAACACUCGCCUUCGACUCUUUGCUGGAAAACUCAAGUCCAGGUGGUCUGGUCCAUACACAAUCUGCACGAUCCAUCCAUACGGCACGGUGGAACUUUUCGGUGAGGACAAUUCAACCUUGAAGGUAAACGGGCACCAAGUGAAACCCAACCUGGCAAUGGAGCAGCCUUCCAACCUUGAGGUUAUCCACCUCUCUGCCCUAAAUUAAGCUCCACAUCGUCCAGCUAUCACGACGGUAAAGAAGCGCUCAUUGGGAGGCGACCCAAUACUCGGUUUGCAUUUUCUUAACCUUAUUUGUUGUGAAUUCUUCGUAUUCGAAUUUUUUUUGGUGCUUCGAAUUUUGUUUACAAAAAAAUGUUUUUGUGUGUUCCCCCACUUGUUUUUCAUGUCCAUUGAGGACAGUGUCCAAUUAAGUGUGGGGUGUAUUGUGUGGCGUGAAUUUCAUAAUUGUAUUUACCUGUGUUUUAUGAAAAAAAAUUGUGAUUUAAAAAAAAACUAAAAAAGGAAAGUUUUUUUGUGUGUUUUUAAUAGUGGAUAUCUUUGGUUUUGAUUUGAAUUUCGUGAUAAUUACUAUCGAUACAUGAAUAUUGUGAUAUGGAUAUCCAGCAAUGUAUUAUGAUGACUGAGGGAUUAAAAUAAAUGUGUCUCGUGUUACUCUUCAUUAGAUGGCAAAAGAAAAAAAAUAUAUUCUGAAAUCUUGAAUUGGUCGAUUGUCAUCUUUGAUUGUAUUUGCAUAGUCAUUGGAAAGCGUAGCAUGAGAAACCGAGCAUUUAGGAAACGAAGUGAGAUUUGAGCCUGAUCGUUUCUUUACUGUGUGUUUAGAUCCCUCUCAGCAUGACGAAUAUGCUUGAUAAUUGCAAAAUUUUGAGUCGUGAAACCACUGAUGAGGACGAUGGAGGCAUAGGUUUACCCCAUUGCCCAAAUGAUUACCCGAAACUUCAUAUCCCCUAGAUAAACCCCGUUGAGACGAACCUAUUUGUUUGGUGACAACCAGUUUUAAACCAAUCCCUGUUCUUCAAGCCAUAUUAUUUUGAACCCUUUUUCAAGGUUCCAUCGGAAUGGUUUAAACAAAUGACUUCCUGCUUAUUACAUAAAAAUGACUUUGGAAAUUGGGAGAAAUUGUUUCUAAAAGUGUUGUUCUUGAAAAUAAAUUUUGGCCACUCUAUAAGAAAAAAUGAAAAAUACAGAUAUGCAUGAUAAUAAGAAAAAAGUGGGCCAUCAAUUUCUUGCAGUUUCAAAAAGGAGUUGUUCCUCAAAAGCCAAAUUCCGCUACUUUCAAACUCCAAAAUAUCUCUGAAUGCUUUCUCCCAUUCCAAUCAUCCUACUAGAAAAGCAGCAAGGUCAUUAUUUUGGUAUGAAAAUUGUGGAACCUUGAACUUACCACCAGAUUAAAUGAACUUUCACAUGUCCAUGCCCCCAACCACAAUUUUACCCAUUCUAAAGACCUCCGGACAAGUCAGUGGUGGCACAAAUUUGAAUACUCGAAUGAUAUGCUCAUGGCAGAGAGAUGGUAGGCCGAGUGUCGUUAAAAUGUAUGUGAAAGUCAUCUUUACUUUUGCAUACAUUCAUUCCCUGACCCCACUGGUCGAGUUAGAGAGACUUUCAAUCAUCUCUAAAAAUUUAAAGUGAGAUCCUACGUGCUCUAUCUCUCAUGCUAUGCUUUGUGAUUCCUAUGUUUAAACAAUUGAAAAUGAUGAGAACUAAUCCGGUUUUCAUGCAGUUCUUGCAUCUAAGUAAGAGUUUCCCAUGUCACAGGAGUGUUAUGAUCACAUGUCGACGGUGGUGGUUGCCAACAUCCAUAUUAUAAUAUUUUUUGUUUCGAUUUUGAUUGUUACUUGUGAUUCACCUUAUUUCCCACUAUGUGUAAAAAGGUUUUACAAUUGAACUCGGGAUUUAUGUGCUUUACUUGAGGACAAGCAAAGACUCAAGUGUGGGGGAAUUUGAUACGCCUAGAAAUACACAUAUUUUUCCCACAUUUAAGUAUCCAAUUGGCUUGUAACACAAAAUAAGUUCACUUGUUUUCCAGUUUUACGCUUGGUUUUGUGUGUUUUGAUGUUUCAGGAUAUUCAGAGACAUGUAGGAGAGAAAGUGGUCAACUCAUCUCAAAUCAUGAUUGAAAAAGUGAAAUGACGAACCAACGUUGGAGAUAGGAUUGUGAGCUCGAGAUGAGUACUCAAAAUUUUCAAAUUUGUACCCCUUGCAAUCAAGCUCAAUGCUUAUACAUUCCACCACGAACCUAUGUAUGCAUGGAAUUGAAAUUGGCCCACGUCAAAUGGAAGAGUACAAGCUUACAGCUCAAGCAGGCUGGUCCGAAUUCGAGAAGCAGGCUAGUUCGAAUUCGAGUACUGUAAGUUAGCAGCUGAAUUAAACGGGUAUUCCAAGCAAGCAGGGUGCUGAAGCUAGCAGCUAUUCAAUUGGGAGCAGGAACGAGAAUCUGCAAGCAAGCUAGACUCCAGGUGGCCAUUAAUUAGCGCCGGUGAAGUGGGAGAAUGGGAAGCUAGCUGGUAAAUUCGGAGGCCACGUCUUCUCCGCAAGCAACUAGCUCAAGCAAGCAGCUGUUAGGCGCAACAAUUUAAGACAAGCAACUGGAAACUUCAAAGGAAGGCUCUUGUUCAUUUAUUUGGACUAGCUAGCUUGCUCUAUAAAUAACAGCGUACAAC